GCCUGCUGGAGUUCUAGAAGAAUUAGUGAGAAUGAAAGCUUUUCCUCUGUCUUUGCAAGGUGAAGCCAGACACUGGAUGAUUCAUCAACAAAUUUUUCCCAGCUUCUAAGGUGUCCUAUUUUAGGAAGUUGAUCUACACCAUUGAGCAGGAUCAGAAUGAGGGCCUGCCAGAUUAUUGGGAUAGGUUUAACAACUUAUGUCUCAAGUGUCCAAAUCAUCAGCUGCAGGAAUCAUUGUUGAUGGUUUAUUUUUAUGAAGGCUUGCUGCAAAGAGAUAGAAUUAUGGUUGAUGUGGCUGCAGGAGGGUCAUUGAUAUGUCAAACUCCAGCUGAAGCAAAACAGUUGAUAUGUAGAAUGGCUGAGUCCCAACUAGGACAACUAGAAGGGUGAUGGAUAGUGGAUUCUUUUGGCCUACAUUAUUCAAAGAUGCUUAUAGUUUUGUAAAAAGUUGUGAGGCAUGUCAAAAAGCUGGGGAAAAUAUAACAAGAAAAAAUGAAAUGCCUCUGCAGAAUAUGGUUUUCUGUGAGAUUUUUGAUGUAUGGGGCAUUGAUUUUAUGGGACCUCUACCUGUUUCUUCUGGAUACUCUUACAUUCUUUUGGCUUUUGAUUAUGUGUCCAGGUGGGUGGAAGCAAAGGCAACUAAGUCUAAUGAUGCAAGGACAGUCUCACAAUUUUUAAAGACUAACAUUUUCUGCAGAUUUGGGGUGCCAAAGGCAAUAAUUAGUGAUCAGGGGACACAUUUUUGUAAUCAUCUUAUUGCAUGACUUUUGAGAAAGUAUGGAGUCAAGCACAAGAUAUCCACACCUUAACACCCACAAACAAAUGGGCAGGCAGAAGUAUUCAACAGAGAAGUGAAGAAAUUGAUCCAAAAGUUAGUCUAGCCCAACAAGAAGAACUGGAGUCAGCAGCUGGAUGAAGCACUUUGGGCACAGAGGACAGCUUAUCGCACACCCAUUGGGAUGUCACCAUUCAGAGUAAUCUUUGGUAAACCAUGCCAUCUGCCAAUAGAGAUUGAACACAAAGCAUUUUGGACUGUCAGGAGAUGCAAUCUGGAUCACAAUGAAGUUGUGAGGCAGAGAAAAUUACAGCUGCAGGAGUUGGAUGAAAUAAGACUUAAAAGCUUAUGAGAACUCAAGGAUUUAUAAAGAGAGAGUGAAGAGAUUUCAUGAUAUGAAUCUCUCAAGGAAAGAGUUCACUGUGGGACAAAAAGUACUCCUCUAUAACUCCAGAAUGAAGCUGAUAGCAGGCAAACUGAGAUCAAAAUGGGAAGGGCCAUAUACAGUGGUAAAGUUAUUCCCUCAUGGUGUAGUAGAGAUUGGUAAAUCAGAUUCUGAAGAGACAUUUAAGGUUAAUGGUCAUCAAUUGAAGAUCUUCCAGGAAAGACAACCUCUAGGGGAAGAAGGCAGCACUAUGAACCUCACUGAUCCAAUUAUGGAAGAGCCACCAUGAAUAAGAUUCUCCUUUCUUUUCUUGCUUUUCUUUUUCUUAUUUUCUCUACUAAUGAACAAUCUGAGUACUUUCAAUUUCUGAGUUGUGUUGCUUUUAUUUUCAAUUCUGGUGCUAUUUUCAUUUUUAUUCCUGUGUUGUAAAUAUCUGUGCCAUCUGAGUUGUUUAGGAAACCUUACUCUCUCACACAUUGAGGACAAUGUGCCUCUUAAGUGUGUGGGUGAGAAGGUAUAGUUUUAAUUGUUGUUUUUACUUUAAUUUGCAUCUGUUAGUAUGUGAUUUGUAGCUAAAAUAGGAGUAAAUUUUUUUUUUCUAUGUUGAUUGCAGUUUUGCUUCAGGUUGUAAAUACUUAGUUUUUUUUUAUGCUUUCAUAAUCUGUUUUAGGUUGUAGACUAGACUUUGUUUGUUUUAGAAUUCGUAGUUACUUGUAGAAUUUUUCUUUUAUCCCUGAUUCUGUUUCACGCAUUAGAUGCUUUAAGUUUUGUUUUAGCUUUUGUUCCAUUUUCAUUGUUUUAGGUAAAUUUCCAAGUUCUAUUUGAAGCCUUUUUACAUAUGCAUUUGCUUUAGAUUUUCUUCCCUUAUAGAUUCUGUUUAGGAAUUUUGUAGACUCUUUACUUUUCAAUCUGUUUUAGAUAGUUUGUAGGAUGCUUUAGGUUAUAUUCUUUCAGUUGUUGUUGUAGAUAGAAAUAAUUGUAGGUUCCUUUCACUCCUCUGAUUUCAUUUCCCUGUUUUAGUCUUCAUAAUAGAUUUUGUCCUGAACCUUUGAUUUUUAAGUUUUUUUUUGGUUUGUAGUAAGAGUUUCUUAGGUCCUUUUGCCUAUAUUGUCCCUGUUUCAUUUUUUUUUUCUUAAGCUAUCUUUUAUUUUUUUUCCUUCUUAUACCUUUCAUUUGAAUCUGUCUUAGUUUGGUUUAGGUUUUUGUUUCUAGUAUUACUCAACUCAUUGCUUAGUUUUUAGGAGUAGCUUCCCUUGUUUUUAGGUUCUAUUUCGUUUAGUUUUGAAAAUCCUUUUUGCAAGCAUAAUAACCUAGGUUAAUUUUGCUGUUUUACUGAUUUAUUUGAAAGUUUUGAGUUGUAUGCAUAAUUUAGGAUAACUAGCUUAAUUAGGACGAGUUAAAGUAAGGUAGAAAUGCUUAGAAUUUUGAGAAAUCAACUCUGGAAUCAACUUGGCAAAUAUUAUUACCCAGUGAGUCUUGAGCUUUAAUUCUUUGUAGUGAGUUUAUACCUAGGUUAGUGACAUUCUAGAACUUGUGCACUUUCUCUUUGAUAUAGUUGAACUGUGAUACAUUUUUUAUGUGAUUCAGGCCUUCUUGUCUUUAAGCCUCCUAGCCCAAUAGCCUAUCCACCCAGUUCUUUUCCAUUGUACCCUUAUUUGAGCCUUAGCCUAUUCCUUGUGUUCAUAUCACCUUACAAGCCCCUAACCAUCUGAAAACAAAAUACACCAUCCCUUAGGCCUUGUUCACUUGAGUGGAUUUGAGGGAGAGUAAUUGAGGGGAUCUGAGAGGAUUUGAAAAUAAAUUUUUUUGUUGAUUAUUUGAGUGAAUUUGGAGGUAAAUGAGAUUGGAUUUGGAAGUAAAUUUUUUUAAUUUGUCACGUCAAUCAAAUCCUAUACUAAUUCUCACAAACUUUACUUCCAAAUUCAUUCUCACUUACCUCCAAAUUGACUCAAAUAAACAACAAAAAAAUUUAUUUUCAAAUCCUCUCAAAUCCCCUCAAUUACUCUCCCUCAAAUCCACUCAAGUGAACAAGGCCUUAGAGUAUUGUGAAAAGUAGAGGAGAAUGCAAGAAUUUAGUGAGUGCAAGAAAAAUAAAUGGUCAGAGUAUGGUCAGAGUUGAAAAAGAAAAGAAAGAUGGCUAUGAAAAAUCUGGUCUGAAAAGAAAGAAAAGAUUUGGCAAAAGAAAAAGAAUGAGAAAAAUAGAAAAUUGAGUUGAGAAAAAAGACUUGAACAGAAAAAGAGAGUGCAAAGAAAGAAAACCAGAAAGAAAAAAGGGUCUGACCAAGCCAAAUUGAAAUGCAUUCACUGAGUUCCAAUAUUUUCUUCUGUCUUUCACAUUUCUCUAAUCCAUUCCAGCUUAUGUUUUCUAUCCAUCUAGCCUAUUCCAUUAUCCUUUUCAUUACAAGUCUAGCAAAGUCUUGAUGAUCUUGAGUGUGCAUAUGUUUAGCAGUGGAGAUUAGAUUAUGUACAAACUUAUGGUAAUGUUGCUUAGCCUGGUGUGUUGAGUGCUGAAAAUACCAAUCCCAAAAGCACAUGAGUUGAGUGCAGACACUUACCUGUGAGGUCAAGUUGAAUCUAGUAGUUGGUUCUUUCAAAUUCUGUUGCAUAGUUACCUUUUUUUAGUAAUUCUUAAACAUGCUUGAUUGUCUUAAUUAUGUUUUGUUAGCUUUAAAUUUUCAGGAUUUUUAGUAAUAUAGUAGGAUUUGUCUAGGUGUUUUCUGGUUUGUAAAUUGGUUUUGUUUUUUUUCUUUUGUUUGUUUUUCUUCUCUUUCUUUUCCCUACCUAGGAGGGAAGUUGUCUAAUGGGAAUAUGAUAACACUCUAGAUUUACAUAUUUUUCUUUGUUAAAAAUCAUUUCUUAGAUUUCUUUAGUUUUUAAUUUCUUAGAAUUAGAUUAGUUUUAUGUUUUUCUCUUAAUUCUUUAGUUUUAUAGAGUUUUAGUUAAAAAUAGGUUUUUAGAUGUAAUUUUUAGUCUUUGUUAAUAAUUAGGAAAUUAGUAUUUUUCUGAAUUUCUUUCAAUAAAAAUGUUUUUUUAAUUAGGUUUUAAUCUCAUAUUUUUUUUAUUUGCAUUUUAACCCAUUAAUUCAUUUUUUUAGAUUUGGAUCUUAUUGGGCUGAAGAGAAUUGAUGCUGGUGCUGAUGCUAGUGAUUAGGCCACUAAAAUUGCCUUUGGGUCGCUGCUGCUGGAAACUAGGUUGUUGCAUGUGCAUCUUUGGGGAGUUGCUCCCUCCACCCCCACACAUCUCUUCCUCCACCUCCCCUUUACUUUUUUGCCUCUUCCUCCACUUUUCCUUUACUAUUUUGCCGCUCAGUAAAAUUUUAUUUUUAAAAUUAUUGUUUUUUAAUUUUAUUCAUUUAUAACAUAUUUCACUGAUAACCUACGUAGUUCCUUGUAUGAGUAAAAUAUUUUUCUGCAAAGCUUGGUGAUCGUGAAAAGAAUUAUCAAGCAAUCUUCCUCUUGUUCUCGGUGCAAUACGUGGUACAGUGCGUUUAUGGUGUAGUGUCCUUGUCGUGGUUCCUUUCCAGGUGAUUAUUAUUUAAAAUGGAUGAAUAUCUUCAUAUGGAUUCUCAGAUUGGUUGUAGUUUGAAAUCUGAUUUGUCUUCAUCAAUUAGCAAAGUUGUAGAGAGAGAUUUAACAAAUAGAUUUAAUACAAAUGAAAUAUUUCAUUCACUGGAGCACUUAAUUCAAUAGGUAAGAGGGAUGGCUUUUGAUUUAGGAUUUGUUGUGGUAAUAGUAAGAUCUGACAUAGCUACUGGUGUACGGGGAAGAAAAACGUAUGCAUACUUGGAUGUGAAAGAGGGGGAAAAUAUAGGAAAUACAAAGCUGAUGCAGUGGCUAGUGUAUACGGCACUCGUAAAUGUGAAUGUCCGUUUAGAUUAAAGGGUAAACCAUGUUCAGAUGGGGCCGGAUGGGUGUUGAAGGUGAUGUGUGGACAUCACAACCAUGAGUUAGCUGAAACUUUAGUGGGUCACCCUUAUGCUGGCAGGUUAAAUACGAGUGAAAAGUCAUUACUGGUUGAUAUGACAAAGAGUAAAGUUACACCUGCAAAUAUUUUAUUAACACUCAAACAAAAUAAUGAUCGAAAUGUCACAACGAUUAAACAAAUCUACAACGCAAGGCAUGCGUAUAAACGAUCAUUAAGAGGGUCCAUAACUGAACUACAACAACUUAUGAUGUUGUUGGAUCGGGAUAAGUACAUUCACUGGAGUAGGUGUGCUGAUGAUUCAAAGGUUGUUACUGACUUGUUUUGGACACAUCCUGAUGCGGUGAAAUUGUUAAACUCAUUUAAUGUUGUAUUUAUGAUGGAUUACACAUAUAAAACAAAUAGAUAUAGACUUCCGUUGCUUGAGAUUGUGGGUAUGACGUCUACAGGGUUAACCUUCUCAGCAGCAUUUGCUUUCUUGUCUACUGAAAGGCAGAGUAAUUUCACAUGGGCUUUGGAAAAGCUGAAAGGUUUAUUUUUAACAUCUGAGGGUGGUCCUAAAGUUAUUGUGACUGACCGAGACUUGGCUUUGAUGAAUGCCAUAUCAAGUGUAUUCCCUGAGUCAUAUCAGAUGUUAUGUCGGUUCCACAUCCUUAAAAAUGUUAAAGCUAAAUGCAAAAUGUUAGUUCAUUCUACUGAGGUUUGGGAAGUGUUGAUGGAUGCAUGGGAAAAUGUGAUGGAUUGUGCUGAUGAAAGCUUGUUUGCUGAGUAUGUGAAUGGUUUUGAAUACGCAAGCAGAUCAUGGCCUUUGUUCUUUGAAUAUGUUAAUCAGAAUUGGAUUAUUCCGUACAGCACAUACUUUGUAAAGUUCUGGACGAACAAAGUAAUGCAUUUAGGGAACACAACCACAAAUAGGUAUGUUGUAAUGUUAUUUUAUUUAUUUGAGUAUGUGGAUGCCUUUCAUUCAACCAUAGAAUAUUCAUCUGUGAGAAGUAAAUUACAAUCAAAGCCAAAAGCAAUAAAUAAAAGGAGAGUUCCAAUGAUAGACCAGUUUCAUUCUACUACUCACCCCUUCAUUGUGGACGUUGUUGAUGUUGUGGCUGAUGGUCACUGUGGGUAUAGAUGCAUUGCUGCGUUGUUAGGACUCGGAGAAGAUUCAUGGCCCGUUGUGAGGAAUGAGUUGUACAAAGAACUCAGUUCAUGGCGUGAUGAAUAUGCAAGCCUAGUAGGAGGCUAUGAUAGACUAGAAGAACUGAGGACCUCUUUGUUGGUGCAGUCACUGUCCGCGGCUAACAAGAGCAAGUGGAUGACAUUACCAGACAUUGGUUAUGCAAUUGCUAACCGAUAUAACGUUAUCUUAGUGUGUUUGUCAUACUCUCAAAGUUAUACUAUCUUUCCACUACGUUCCACACCACCUUCUGAUAUCACUCAACAUCGCUUAAUUUGUAUAGGACAUGUUCAUGGAUGUCAUUUUGUGCAGGUUAAGCUACAAGAAUGUUGUCCGUUGCCCACGGUGAAUAUCAUGUCCUCAACCCACUGUUAUCCUGAGGCACGAGCGUGGUCAUCUAUUUAUACUAGUAGGAUGCACGCAUUUGAACAGUUGAUGGACAUAACAACAUCUUAUGUUGACUUAGGUGAUUCAUGAUAUUUAUAUUAUGUAUGAAGAUAUGUAAAAAUACACUAUUAUAUUAUGUUA